AUGUCGUCAGUUACUAAUUCCUCAAAUCAUCUUGUCAUUUUCACUCCUCAUGCUCUCAUAAUAGAUAAUCGAAAAUCUCAUUCUCCUACAGACAUUUCAAAUGCUUUCUCUGAAUGGUUAGCUGGUAAAGCUCAGAGGGACUUGGAUUUAUUCAGUGUGGCUACUAAAUCCAUCGGUGGUGCUGACUUGGAUGAAACUUUCGAGAACUUUCUGCAAGCCUUGGAAGUAGCUGAUUGUGCUAUUAUCGUGAUACCUGGACAGCAAAUCUGCCUUCUUGACGCCAUAUAUCCUAGACUGCUUGUUCACUUAACCUUUCGCCCUUGGUGGUCAAAGAGGAUGCUUCUCGUGAGUUUAGGCGAGAUUGCAAAAAAUGGAAAGAAAUUUGAUGCCAAAAUAUUUAAUCACCCACCCGUGAUUUUCCCAAUUUCUCCAAGUAGCUGGGAAAAGGAAGUUGAUCAAUGGAAAAUAAUAGCAGAAUUUAUUCAUCCGACAGUCACUGAAGAAGAAACCGCCUCAAAAAAUCCUGAAGGGAGUGGAUUUUCAAAUUUUAUUGCAAUUCAGCCGAAAUCGUCUGAAGUACCAGUAAGAAACAUGUGGGGCAAAUUUGGCCUUGCUACCACGACUCUGCUUCUACUUGCUGCAGCUUGCUUCUUUUACAAAACUCGUUCAAGAACUUGA